UUGUUUUUCUAAGUUUGUAACCAAUCCUAACGGGAGCACGUUCCCAUUGGUCGCUCUAGAGAGAAGGGCGGUUCGGGAUGAGCGGGAUGUUGCGACGUCGAUACACUGCGAUACACCAACUUCAGUUUAACUCCUUAGAAAAUGAAGUUCAUUUUCCCAAGAACCUCUUUUCAGAUACAGCAGUUGUUACUCCUCCCAGUUUCACAUUCAUCUAUCAUCUCGAACAUCUAGUUUUCAUAUCGAUAUUAGUUUCAGGGCGGAGUGUAUUAUGGGCGGGCGGGCUCUCUCAGCGCUUCGUGUACAGUUAAUUAUGUGAAACAGUGUUUAAUGUUUGUUACCUGAUUGUUUUUGAGUAUCUAAAAUAUCAUUGGUGUCAUUUUCAUUUGUAUCAGAAAUUUUAAUGCGUUUAAACUCGCGAAUAUCUAAGUUGAUAAUCUCAAGUGCUUCUACGUAGUGCUACAAACCCAAGAAAAAAAAGUAACGUCCCUUAAGAGAUUAAUUCAGUGUAUUCGAUUAUUGAGUGAUUCUGAUGAUGAAUAGUGGUCGUGCAAGGGUCCCAAAGUGUGCUCGUUGCCGAAAUCAUGGUCUGAUCUCCAGUUUACGAGGUCACAAGAAAGCUUGUGCCUAUCGACUCUGCCAGUGCCCUAAAUGUGGACUGAUCAAGGAGAGGCAGAGAAUUAUGGCUGCUCAGGUAUGUGCUGAGGUAGCCUUAAAGCGGCAGCAAGCCGCAGAAGAUAAAAUAGCUUUGCACUUGGCUUCGGUAGAAAGUGGAACAGCAUUGGAAGCUUUACCUCCAGGUCGGAUAUAUGGGAUGAGAGUCACUGGCCCAUGCCCCAGCCCUGGACCGGAGCCCGAUUCUGUUGCUGAUGACCAUACCCCAAUCCACAUCGACAGUGAGACGAGUGACUCUAUGCCCGACUGCUGCACCGUUUCACCAGAUUCUGCUGGUAGUUCUUCGGCCUCUAUGUCAGUGCGGCCAGGUGAAGAAGGGUCUGAAAGUGAGAAUGCAGUGAGCACAGCUGGUCUAGAGAUGUUGCGCAAACUGUUUCCCGGCAAGAAGCGUUCCGUGCUAGAACUAGUGCUACGACGAUGCAACCACGACUUGCUACGAGCCGUAGAACACUUCAACGCUACCCGUGACCAGCGAGACAAGAUACCAGGAAUCAGUACUAGUAGCGGGUACGAGGCGUCGGUGUCAAGUUCCGAAGAGGUCGAGUCUAGGUGGUCAGCGUUCCGUCCAGUGGGCCCUCGAGCUCCAAUACUACCGGCGUUGGUUAUGGGGAGAGUGUGCGGUUCUGACUGGUUGAUACCGAUGCCAGCAUUACCUGCACUCUCAGGACCACUGCUACUGCCUCUACAGCACCCUCAUGCACCGCCAGCACCCUGCAAUCCAUGCUCUCCUGAUUGUAGGCAGUGUAACCACCAUUAGGAUCACUCACUAUGUAAAGAAAUAUGAUGGUUCGUCUGGUAGACUAAUCACGAAUAUUAGACACGUACAUAAUAAUUUUCGUACACGGUCUAUCUACGUAUCUACACUAUCUACUACGUCACUCCGAUGGUAUCAUUAGUAUUGUAUUGUAGGUACCAUUUGUUUCUACCAUUGUAUCUUUAGCAUACAUAGCUUAGUAUCUUAUUAUUUUCAAGCUAAAUUAUGCUGCCAUAAUAAUCCAAUGCCAAAGAAUUUUGUAUUUAGGCUUGUAGAUUUUCGAUUUUUAUUAAACUGCUGUUGUUAUUUAUUAUUAUUAUUAUUAAA